UAGACAAAAGUCAAUCAGAAUCAUCAAUGAAGAAUACUCCAUAUUCAAAUUUUACCUGUUUAUCAUAAUGAACAAUAUGGCUUUACAAUCAUUUCAUCGUCAUGAUGGUCGUUGUCCAAAUUUACGAUCAUUAUUGUUUAUAUUAUUAUUGGCCAUCAUUCAUAUUGUUGAAUGUUCACCAUCAGCAACUAUGAUGAUGAUGAUGAAUGGUAUGUCACCAAGAACCAUAACCAGUCAACCAUCAACAGAAGCUAUGUUUGACGAUAAUUUUUCCAUUAUGCCAAAAGUCAUCGAUAAUGAUAAUCGACAACGUAAUUUAAAUAUUCGUAACAAACGUCAAUUAUCUUCAUUAUUAUCACCAUUACAAAUUCGAUUUGGUCGUCCACAAAUGGAUCGUCGUAUUUCGGCAUCGUCAAUCAAAGCUCGUCAACGGCAAUCACCAUCAUCAUUUUUGAAUGGCUAUUUACUGCCUUCACGAUUACAAACAUCUAAUCAUUCAACUUCAUCAUCAUUUACUGGACGAUUGAUUACGAAAAUGAUCAAGAAUCAACAUAACUUACUUCAUCAAUUUGCAUCAUCACUGAAUGAACGAUUACGACCAAUAGUAAAUUUAAAACAAUCUCAACGAUUGAACAACAAUAAUAAUAAUAAUACUAGAACAACAAAAAUGUUAGAAUCAUCAGAUACCAAUCAAACUGUACAAUUUAAUAAAACGUCAAAUAAAUCUUCACGAAGAAAUGAUUAUGAUCCUCUUUGGUAUAACAACGAUAUUAUUUUGUUGGAUGAUUAUGAUCAUGAAAAUGAUCAUCAUACCACUGUUAGCGGUAGCCUAAAUGAUCAUCUAUCCUCACCAACAUUGAAUGUCAUCGAUGAUGGACUAAAUAAUACAAAAAUUGCUCACAAUAUUUUGAUCGUACAUAAAAAUUCUAAACUUCAAUCCAGUUCAAACAACGAUAAAUUUUCUGUUCAAACUUAUGCCGAACCAAAUAGGCUUUUAUCUCCAUUGAUAAUCGAUGAAUUAGAAUUUGUACCUAUCAAAAAUAAUCAUCGGCCAUCAACUAUGAUGAGUUUGGCACAAUGGAAACAAAAAUAUCAACAGCAACAACAACAACAGAAUAAGUAUAGUACAAAACCAUUGGAAGUGGUAACAUCAUCACCAACCACUUCGAAUUCGUUGAAACCAUCCGAAGAUCAAAAUGAUAAUGUUGAUGAUAAUCAAAUGCCAACUUCAUAUGCUGCAUCAUCAUCAUCAUUGUUUCCGUCUACUUAUGUACCUCGAAUAUCAUCACCAUCAUCAUCAGCAUCAUCCAUCACAACAACAUCGUCACCUGUCACAAAAAAAUCAUUUGAUAAUCGUCGAUCAACUGUGACCAUCGGUCAUAAUAAUAAUCGAAUUCCAUCAACAACAACAAAAGCACAACUUUUAUUAACAAAUUGGCCUUCAAUGAUAAUAACAACAGCAACCAUGACAAAUCAAACAUCAACAGUUCAUGGACUAUUCGCAUCAACAACCAUAAAACCUCAGCAUGAUGAUAAUGAACAGGCCACCUGGAAUGUUCAUAGUGAUGACUACCAUGGUCAACUAAUAACAUCGAAUCCAAUCAACAUGGAUAAUGAUGGUGAUUCAUCAGCUACGCUGAUUACCGAAAAUCCAUCAACCACAUUGACAAAUAUGAUUGAUGUUGCUGAUGGUGCAACCAUGGAUGAUAAUACAUUUGAAAUGCUCAAAGAAUUUAAUGAACAACUAAAAGAAAUUAAUCGUACAACAUCGAAUCCAAUCGAUCUAUACAAUGGACAAUCCAAUAGCAAUGAUGCUGAAAUUGCGGCUGAAAAACAAGAACCAAAUCUUGAUGAUCCGACAAUAAUUGUUUUUAAAAAUAAUCACAUCAAACCGUUCAAGAAAAGACCAAUCACACAAAAACCACCGACAAGUCGUUAUACUGGUAAACCACCUUAUGCUACAAUAUUCAAUUAUCCAACUACUACAGCUAUGCCUUCACGACGAACAUCAAUAAGUUUUGCUAAUGUAUCCGGUUAUCGAGUAAAACAACCGGAAGAGAUUAAAUCCGCUACAUUGACUAUAUUAGAUCCACCAUAUUCUGCCAAUGGAAUGCAAUUACCAAUUAAUACAACAAUAGUACAUAAUAAUCUUCUUGUGCCAAUGAAAGAAGGUCGACCAAAACCAAAAUUUCCAAUACGAACAACGACAGCAUAUCCAUCAUAUCCGAUUAUGACCGGUAGUCAUUGGAAUUCACAAACAACACCUCCUUGGUAUAUGACAACUGUAACAACAAAUUCUCCGGAUCGUUUUGAUGAUGAAAUGAUUGCCAUACCAUCCGAGAAUAACUAUACAAUGAUUGAAAAUGAUUUUAAUUCAUUUGCAACAGCUUUCCAACAAUACAACUUGACUACAACAACAACAAUAUCGCCAUCAACUAUUGCAAUUACGAAAAAAAUUUACAAAGCACCUACUGUUUAUACGUAUCGUCCACAAAAACUAACAACAACAACAACAACAACUACACCUAGACCAUCACAUCAAACACAUAAAAAACGACCAUCAAUGUUUCAUGCUAUAAAUGCACCACCAAUGCCAAUCAUAAGACCACCGGUAUCGAUUGUACAAUCAAAUCAUAUGAUUUUUACUAAUUUAAUGUCAAGAUUACGUAAAUUUUGGACAUCUACAUUUCCAGCUCCAAUGUCUGGAUCACCACAUUCAAUAUUGGGAUUUUUACGUUCAACUGUUUAUUCAUUGAUGGUUAUGUUAUUGCCACCAAUAGCAUUGAUGACAUUUUUUGCCUGAAAAUAAACCUCCAAUUCUAAUUUAUC